CAUUAUUUAAUGUAAAAAUCGGAAAAAAACGAAUGUUGGAGGCCGUGGGAAUAAAAUUUUUGGAAAAAGUGUCUGUGCGUGGUAGAAAAUGGCGACGAGUCUCGACAAAAUGGAGGACCGAGUGCUUAUUGUUCAGAACAAGGGGUUUGAGAGGUGAGGGGAAGGUUCUCUGCAUCGGCGAACCCCUCCCCCACUUCCCCUACCGCUACCGCGCCAUUAUGACGUUCCGCCGAACAGUCGCUCGUCGGACGCCGUGAUAUUCGUUUCGUCUUCUCGAGUGUUUUCGCGUAUAAUCAUUUCAUUUUUGAUUCCCCAGUAUUAUCCUCGUUUACCCACUAAACAAUCGUGCAACAAACAAUAAAAACAAUAAAUCAAGACCUAAAAAUCGAUAAUAAAUCAUCCACUCAAAAAAAAAACACGACGUAAUCAAUUGUCUCGGCUUGUUUUCAAUAAUUUUAUUGGAGCACAUAAAAAUCACGGAAAAUCCAGUGUCUCUCGAGUUUUCUCAUUAGUUUCGUCGUCAAAUCAUAAAUAUUGAAGUGAGUUAAGUGAUUCGAGUGAUAAACUACUGACAAUCAAACGAAAACUUGUGAAAUCCUUUGUUCAGUUGUUUUUUUCUUUAUUGUUUUCCGGGGGGAAAAGUGGAAAAUCAAGUUUUUCAGAACCCAAUAAAUGGCAUUGAGUCAGACGAUUGGACUUGGGGAGUGAAUAAACGUUGACUGUUUUUCUGAGUUAUUUAUCAUUUUUAUUAUCUCGAGUCUGUGGUGAAAAAAUGGAUUGUGUUUUGGUGUAAAAACAAUUGAAGUGUUUUGAUUCCACGGUACUUUGCGGAGGCGUCCACCUAUGGAGCAUUACCUUCCCCUGUAGAAGGCUCCAGGCAAAUUAAUGCUCGAUGGCGCGGGCUGGCACGCAGCGCUGGAGGAAUCCUGCCCCGGAAGGUGACGAUGUUCAACGAUCGAUUGAACUUCUGGACAAGGUGCUCUCUGAGUACGACGAGCACGGUACAGAGAACAGUGGAGUCAGUGAGAUUGAGACUGGGUGUGAGGAAGGUAGCAGCGCCUCGGGCGUCGGUGAAGCCGUUGAUGAGGGCGACGCCGACGCCGACGCCGACGCCGACGCUGACGCUGACGCCGAUGGUGAGGCACGUCGUGGCAGCAGUACUGAGCCAAGCAUUGGCCUCACACCAGAGGACGAGAGCCCUUCUCUAGGACAUCAGUCCGAAGACGACGGUUACAUGAGUAUGAACGGUAGGAAAGCGAAAAUGGCUCUGGUAGCACUUCGUCCAGUGCCGGAUUGUCCUGAGCCCCAGGAGUCGUCAAAUGCGACGAGUAAUGAGUUUCCACCGCCGCCGGAAGAGGCUGAACGCAUUAUCUCCACUCUCCUACCCAUUGUCUCACCGGGAAAUUCCUCGAAGCGUCGUACCACAAGUGGUAAAAAUUCACGGAGAUGUGAAAAACAACCGGAUGAGUCAAAUCGUAGUCGUCAUCAUCGUGGCCACACUGUCACAAGCCAGACAACUCUUCCAAAAACUCGUCGUCGAAAGCUCCACAGCUUGUGGGACCGUUCGGUAUCGUCAGACCCACGUCGCUCGUCAGUUUCGUCAAAAUUCUCGAGUCUUCCCCACGACAUUCCAAUCACAUACGACUGGAUAUUCGCCCCAACCCCGACAUAUACCCCAUCAAACGAUCGUCGUCGAAGAAGACGUUCCUCAAAUCAUUCGGAUCCCCAAAACCACCAAAACGAUUCGAACGCUCUUCAAAAUCCACCAUCACCCUCGAAAGAUCAUUCUACCGAUUAUCCCCCCUCAUCCCACCCCCCAAAAGAUGACGAUUACGACGACGAGGAGGACGAUAACGACGAGGAGAUGGACGAUGAGGAUGAGGAAAAAGCUGACGAGGGUGACGAUGACUCGCGAGUCGAUCAGAAUCACUCGGAUUCGAGUUGCGACGGUAGAUUCUCAAGGAGACGACGAAGAAAACGAAAGGGAUUGGGUCGUGGUGCAUCGGAAUCCGAGUCAGAGCGUUACUCAAUGCCCAGAUCAUCGUCAGUGUCCGUUGAGCGUUAUUCAAUGCGAGCCAAUUGCGAUUCGUCUGAUUUUUCACGCGCCAAUUCAACCUCCAAUGAGAGAUUUCAUUCGGAUUUUUCUCUUGCCGUUGCAUCAGCCAGUUCAAAUGAUCGAGUGUCUGCACCAACGUCCGAUCCAUUCUCCAUAAGAAAUCUUGAUUUUGCCGCAUCGGCAUUCUCACUGGGAAGGGCUGACUCCUGCUCGGAGAGAUUUUCCGACGUUUACUCUAAAAAUUCUGAUUUCUCAACGAGAAAUUCAACGGACUUCAGAACACAGAGCGAGGAGGAGGAGAGAUUCAGCGAUGACUCGCUGGAGGAGAUGCUGAGAACAGUACCACCACCACCACCACCACCACCACCAAUGCCUCCACAGCCAAGUGUCUGCAAGAGGCACUCCAUUGCUUGGGAGGUAUCAAUGGAUGAGGAUCCACUCUAUGCACCUGGUAGCACUAAAGUUGUUGGCAGGAGGCGAAGAAGGAGCAGUGACGUCUCCAGUAUCGGUUCAGUCUCAAAGCUCCGAGACCUGGACUACGACUGGCAAGAGCCUCACCGUCGUUCAACAACCGACGACGACCUGAUAUCACCAUACUCAGCGGAUUCAUCGACAAACGAGCUAGAUCAUCCCUUACCAAAACGGGAUUACCCAACUAAAAAUGGUACAUACGUUAUCAGAGGUCGUACCCGAAGGCGCGAGCGUAAACCCCUGAAUAUAUCACCAGGUGGUACAAAGAGCCGAAGCAAGGAGACACCAGAUAGUGUCUUCAAGCGUUACUCAAACACAUUUGACGAUAUAAAGAGUCUCUUGAGAGAGGGAAGACUGGAGGGGCUGAAUGAGCCACCACCAGACUUUGUACCACCAGUACCACCAGAUCUCGUAAGGGUUCUUUCCCUUCCAGCCUUCGACGAUAACAAAUCACCAGAUGACGAUCACGCAAGACGCAACCAAAACAACCUCAACAGUCUGGAUGAUUAUCUGUCAUCGUCAUCAUCAUCAUCACCACCACCUCCAGCACCUGAUUUAAAGUGCAACGGUGUAACAAGGGCGUCUCUACCGAUGUCCAAGAGUCUGGACAUUCAGGUGAGCAGGCACGAGCCUGAGGAGGUGAGAAAGAUGAGCAAAAGGGCCUCGUCGAUUUCCAAAAAGGACAGUCGAUUUGAACCAUCAAAAAUACCCGUUAACGUACUGAUCGAGGAUCAGAUCGUCAAAAAGGCUCUUAAUGAGAACAGGCGACAACUGGAGAAGGUCAGCGAUGCGAUAAAAGAGAUCGAGAGUGUGAGGAACAGUGAGAAUUUUGUUGAGGCUAAGAGGAGAAGCAGGAGGGAUGAUGAGGAGGAGGAUGCUCUUGAGGAUGGGGAGGAUGAGUACGAUGGUAGAAGGGAGAUGCUUGAAGAGAUCGUUUAUGGAUCUGGCAGGAGGAUCAAGGAGGUAGAGGGAUUGGGAAAGAAUGAUCAGAGGCAGAUUGAGAAUGUCAUUGACGCCAUUUUGGAGGACUCGAAGAAUCCGGAUUUUCAGGUGAGUGUCGAAGUCCUGGAAUUUCCUCCACUCCCACCGUCUCCAGUAGAGGAGGCGGAUGAAGAGUCAUCGGAUAUAGCGGUUCCACCAGUGACGGUAUCGAGUCAUUAUGGCUCACACAGAAAUCGUCCAACACGAACGAUUGAGUACAGACCACGUGUACCUCCUCAUAGAGCUGCCCUGGAUAUAAAGGAGCACAGGACUUCCUUGGAUACCACCAGAUCCAUGGACGCUGGGUACACCAGGGGGAGAAGAACACCGACUGUUGCUUCCAACUCUAGACGAGAUGUUCCAGUUGAGAGACGAACACUUCCAACUGAUCUUCCAGGUCCAUCCCGACGUAGAACAUCAACCCGAGCAUCACCUUCUGGUGAUAAUCCCAUGGGUACACCACUGAUGGGCACAAUAGCACCACCAACCAACACCGGAAUGCAAACAUCAUGCUCACUACCUGAAACUCCCGUAUUCGCAAGGGGCAGUGACAUCACCAGGACACCACAGCAUACUUCAGGGAAUACUUUGUCAACGACAACUUCAACAAAUUCAACAGCAGCAACACAACCCAGGAGACAGCCUGGAUGGUAUGCACCCACCACUGCCACCACCGGAGGGUACAGAAGGAACAAUCCUGGAUUGGAACAGGCGAUAAUUGGUACAGAGUUACUUCGUCUUGCUGGUGGACCAAAUCGUGGAUGGUAUCCAACUCGUCGUGCUGGUAAUCAGCCACGUCCAGCGUCGAUAGAGCAUUUGGAGCGUCUCAACAGUGCCUACGAGUCUCGUUUACCAACAACUGGAGAACAGAGAAAACCACUGACACUACCAACAAACAUCACACCCAACAAGUACUUCGGACAAAGUAAGCACAGCACAGCAGCAUCGGGUACACGUGAGGCACUACGGCGGGUCACUAGCUUACUCAUCAAGAAAGGAAGUGGAAAGGAGGCCAAGGGGUCAGGCAAGGACAAUGUAUUUCCAUCGGGUCCGUACUCCGGUGGAGAACCCAGUGAUGGGCCCAAGAAGAAGGGCUUUUUCAAGAACUUCUGGAAGCGCUCGCGGCAUUAUUCACUGGAGAAUCAAUAGCCCCGGUGUUACGUAUCGAUGGCAGCUCGAUCAAAUCGAAAUGACACGUCAGCAUCUCGUCGUCAAUCCAACAACACGAAAAACAAUCAGCGCAAUCACAACAAUCAACAGCUGCAAAUCACAACUGCCAGUAUUAUCGAAAAUCCUUGCUGCUGCAUCGCCCAGUGACUUGUGUUUAAUGUGACUUCGUUAAUUUGUUUUGAGUCAACGAGAAUCGGCUUAUCACCUUUUUUUUUUUCCCGCGUCAACAGUCGACGAGGAACUUUAAAUUCUCCCAGGUAAAUGAAUAAAUAAAGUACGGGUUAGUUGGUGAGAAGGUAGUGAACUUCUGUCAUUUGGGAUUGUCUGACGAGAUUUUUUGUUUUAUCACCAGAAAUUCUGGAGAUAGAAGGAAAAAUGUGAAAAAUAGGAAAAAUAAUUCAGUCUUUUCCUUGGAAAUGUCAUAUUUUUAUCAGGAGAGGACUUUAUUUUUCUCUUGUUUUCCGAUCUGAAAGACGAUUCUACAUAUUUACUUGUAGAAUGCCGUGACAUGGGCGAAUAAAAGAAAUGAAAUAAAAAUGACGAUAAAUAGUCAAAGGAGCCGAGUGAAAAAAAUGUCGAAUUGUCUAUCAGAGAGGGAGAGAAUGGGUUUCACAGACCGGAAAGUGAUGUGUGUCGGUUGAUAAUGAAUUAUCGAGAUAUCAUUAUCCCUCGAGACAUUAAAAACAAUUUUUUAAUGACUAAAGAUGAAAAAAAAAAAAUCAAUGAUUUAACGACAACAAUCCAUUAAAUAAACAAUGAGUGAUUCUAAAUAGUGAUAAUGCUCUUAAUUAUUAAUUAAAAAAUGUAAUCAACUGAUUAACUAUUGAUAAUUAACGAAUUCAUUAAUAUAUAAAAUCAUUGAAGAGUAAAUCAAUACUUAAUUUAUUCCAGUCUCAGAACCAUUAAUGAGACGUUAAAUAAACAAUAAACAUAAGAAUAAGACGAUUGAGGGUGAGUGCGAGAGGUGGAGAUAUUUUUUCAUUAACUACGAGUGUUGAAAAAUCGGUGAGAAUAACGAGGGGGAUACGAUGAUUAAUAAACAAUCGUAUUAUAAUGAUUGAAUUAAAAUGUUAUCAUGCACUAAUACUAGUCGAAACAAGAUGCAAUAUAUUUAUCCGCCUUUGCUGCAGAAGUAAUUAUUGAAGAAUAAUAAUUAUUCAUUGAUUAAUAAUUAAUGAAAAUAUUUGAUGAAUGGGUAAUCGUGAGGUGGAGUUUUUCCAUUUUUCUUUCGUAUCAAAUGGCAGAGGUUGUAAUGAGUAAUUAAUUGUAAUUAUAUCGGAGGAUUGAGCUGUAUACUUUUGUUGUUUUUAAGGGAUAACAACGACAUUGUUGUUUAUCACUGGUCGUUGCUGACGUUACAAUCAUUGAUUCCUGGGGUUGAGAGAAAAAUUUAUGCAAAAUUCUCAAUUUUCAUCGUUUUUUUACUUUUGUUUUUUGCCGGUACACCGGAAACCACGUGGGAUAGAGGAAUGAGAAUGGUCUCAUUCGAAAGAUCGGAAAAUUUCCUAUGGAAUUCACUAUCCACAAGUCCUUUUCGCUCAAUUAGUUCCUUUAAUAUCGACGAGAAACUAUUUGGCAAGCGAAUCAAGUGUUUGGGAUUUCCCGGAUUUUCCGGAAAAUUAGAGGGGAGGAAGUUAGUUUGAGGGAUGCGGUUUUCAUGGUAAAUUUUCCGAGCUUUUCAAUGAGAUCAUUUUCAGCGUUCUAUCUCUGUUUGUUUUUGGGGUAGUGGGGAAAAUUGAGAUGUACUUUCUGGGGGGUGAUUUUUCAGAGGAAAAUUGAAAAUUUUCCAUUUCUCACUCAACACCGGAAUUUUACUGUUGUGGAUAUGUGUACAUGAAGGUAAUAGGGAUAAGUAAUAGCCGGUGAUUACACCGCAGCAUUGAAACGAAGGCAUUCUACUCUCGUUCCCAGUUUUUUUUCGUUGUUGUACGAGUGAUAGUUUCUGUGUGGCUGAGAGAAUGAGGAAAGUGAGUGAUUCAAUGGGAGUAAUGAGUCGAGGAUUUUUCCGGGGUUUUUCCGACUACUGCGGAGAGUGGGAAAACUAUUAGGGGCGGUGGAAAAUAAUGUGGAGAAUCAAUUUAGACAUCUCACGGAAUUUUCCUGGAUUUUCUGGAAUUGAGAAACUGGCGCAAGAUUUUCCGACUGGAAAAAUCUUUUUUCCAGACAAUUAUUUAAUUUUCCGGAAAACUGCAGUUUUUGAUAAUUAUACGAAUUUUCAUGAAAAAUUCGAAUUCCUGAUUCAAUCGUCUGGAACAAUUUGCAUUUUCUAGAAAUCAGAAAAAUACUGAAUUUUCCGGAUUUUCCGGGAAAAUUGUAGUGUCUUGGAAAAAUUGAAAUCUCUUCUAAAAUUGAGAAAUGGAAUUAAAAAUAGUCGAAAAACGGAGUGAAGAAAGUGAUUCUGACAGUGAAAAUUGGUGGAAAGUAUUUUUCCGACCGGAAAAAUAAUCCAAUUUUCCGAUUUUUCCGGAAAAAAUUGUAGUGUCUUGAGAAAAUCGAAAUCUCUCCUAAAAUUGACAAGUGAAGGUCACCUUAUUCUGACAACAGAAAAUAAUUUUCCAAACCGGAAAAACUCCGGAAAAUUGAUCGACUCCCACGAGUGUCCACUAAAUCAUUCCAUGCCCAUUGAAACACUCAACACUAUUUUAAACGCUCCGAGGUAUUUACCAAUAAGACUAAUCGAAUAUCUGAAGAAGCAAUAAGAAAAAUCACAUAUUCUAAGAACAACCUAAAUAAUGAAGAGAAGUAAUUAAUAAUAUUGCUAGUAUAAAAAAAUGUGGAUACCCAACCCAAGUACCGAACUACAUGCCUUAACUGUAGACAAUUAAACAAAAAAAAAAAAAAAGAAAAAGAAAAAGAAAAAAAACUGGAGGUUCGAGAGUCUACACUUAUUUAUGUAACAAUUGAAAUUAACAAUUCGCACAUUUCCUCGUCUUCGAUUCCCACCAAUGAAAAAAAAAAUUUAACAGAUAAAAUGAUUGCAGUAGUCUCGUUGUAGUCCCGUAAAUUUUUUCAUUGAAAUUGCCAAUACGAGAUAAAUUUACUCAUCGAAUUUAUUCUCCCCGAAUUGGAUUACUCAUCGAAUUACAAUGGAUUGUUUACAUCUUCUAGCCCAGAGGUAGUGAGUGGGGAAAACCGAAAGACACGCGAAAACCAGAAAAAUAGAAAACAAACAGAAAUUCAGUACUAGUGAGACGACGAGACCGACUACAACGGGAUUUUACUGUGAAUGGAAAAUGUGUACCAGUGAAAAUAGAAUGAACAUAAAAUCGAUAACGUGAAGAGAUAAUUUUUCAUCUUCUGUGGGACGCGUUAAUUAGUGAGUAGAAUCAUGUUUUUUAUCUCCGAUAAGAAGUGUUGAUUGAUUAAUUGAUUGAUGGAUUAUAGUGGAAUAAUUAAUUCAUCGGGGAGUGGGAAAACGUGACAGUUUUACCAAUUUCGAUAAUAUCUCGAGGUUUACUCAUUAGCUAAAACGUUUUUAUCUGCGAAACUGUCAAAUUAAAUAUCUUAUUAAUGAUUUUAAUUGAUAAUUGAUCACAUGUUUAUUUUCCAGUGGUCGAAUUAAAAUGAAGAAAUUGCAAUAAUUUAUUAAUGCUAUAAAAUUAAAAUGGGAUUGGGUGUUAAUUAAUUGGAUGUGCAAUUAUCAAUUCUAAUCAUAAUCCAUCAACAAUUAUCGAACGACUAAUGAAUAAUAAUAGAAAUGAUUCUUGAAGUAUUUUGUGUAUAAACAAUAACUAAUUAACGAAUUGACUAAAGAAGUUAUCAUCUACUAUAAAUUUUCAUGGAUCAAUUCGAUAAAUUCGUACUUAAGACGAAACCAUUGUACAUAAACCAAAUCACCUAAUUUAGUAAUUUUUUAUGUUAAUUGUAAUCAGUGAGUUCAUUCCCUCCAUCACGAAUUUCGAAAUCAUCAAAUCAGGAUAAUUCAUUGCAUCGAGAGCCAAUGAUUAAGUACAAAAUCGAAUGAAUAAUUGAAUUUAUUUAUCCACGAGUCAAUAGAUUCGCCGAUAACAUCAACAAUAUCCAUGAUUGACCAUUAAAAUUAUAAUCAAUCAAUGAUUAACAACAAAUUAAUGAAAAAAAGCAAAUGAGUUACACUACAAAUCCAUUUAUUUGGAAAACUAUUGAUUGUACAGAAAAAUGUCAAAAGGCAUUUUCCGUCGGAAAUUUGAUGAGCCACAAAAAAGUCUCAUACCACUUCCUCCGAAAAUCAAUAGUUCUCGAGAUAUUCGAGAUUUUCCACUGACAGAAUCAACUCGACACUCGCUGCUUAAUUGUUCAAUCGAUUGAUCUAUUUGUUUAAUCAUGGAUAAAUAAAUUCAAUGAUCGAAUGAUGAUGAUGGACAGGAUGAAAAGUGGUGGUGGGUGUGGUAAUUGUUUGUUUGUUUUUUAAAUUAAGGGAGAUAAAUGAAUUGGUGAAGGAUGAAAACUGUAAAGAUGAUUUGAAAAUCAUUCAAUGAGUCAUUAAGAGGAUGAAUUAAAUGAGAUUAACGCAUUGUAUUGCCCCCUCACGCGAUGGAUUUGUAAGCCAAAGUAAUGUUUUAAGAGGAAGAUACUUGUAGCGUUUAACAAAAUGCGAAAUAUACAUAUAUAGUAUUCAGA